AUGGAGAAGAAUGUCUAUGGAUCAUGUAGACUCAUCAAGAGACUUAUGAUUAUACUUUCAUGUCUUUCAUGUUCCUUUGUUCGAUCAGAAUUUACAAAAACAACAAAUAUCGAAUAUGUAUCGGCUUUGGGAGAUCCCGGGAUGAGAAAGGAUAGCUUAAGGGUGGCUAUAGAAGCAUGGAACCAAUGCAAUGAAGUCGGUGAAGAAGCUAAGAACAUGGGAAGCCCUCGAAUGGCCGAUUGCUUUGAUCUCGAUUACUCUAGCUUGCCCGUGAAGAUAAACCAUAAAGUCGACGAAAAAGACAACAAACUCGGGGUACGAAAUGGAACAUAUGGAGGAAUAAACGCCGGAGACAACGUAGAUAGCUAUGCUGCACAAAAGGAAAUAUACUUAGGAAAUAAAUGUCAAGUUAUGGACAAACCAAAUCCAUGGCAGUUUUGGAUGAUAAUGCUAAAGAACGGUAAUACCGAUACUUUAGCAGCGAUUUGUCCGGAAAACGGGAAAAAGGCGAAACCUUUUCCUCCGACAGGGAGGUUUCCAUGUUUUGGGAAAGGAUGUAUGAAUAUGCCAUCUAUGCAUCAUGAGUACACAAGCUUAGUGGAUCAAGAAUAUAUGAGUGGGAGUUUUUAUGGGACUUGGGAUUUGGAUAGUGAUGAAGAAGAUGGUUCAUUAGUAGCAGGUGGUAAUAAUUCGUAUUAUAAGGUGAAAUGGGAGAAGAAGAUUGGUGGAAAUGAGAGUUGGGUUUUUCAUCAUUUGUUGAAGACUUCUUCCAAGUAUCCAUGGCUGAUGCUUUAUCUACGAGCUGAUGCUACUCGAGGUUUCUCUGGUGGUUAUCAUUAUGAUACUAGAGGGAUGAUGAAGACGACGCUUAAAUCGCCGAAUUUCAAAGUUACAUUCAAGCUAGAGAUUCUAAAAGGCGGCGGAUCAGGGAGCCAAUUCUACCUAAUGGACAUGGGAAGUUGCUGGAAAAACGACGGUAGAGACUGCGACGGUGACGUCACAACCGACGUGACGAGGUAUAGCGAGAUGAUAAUCAACCCCGAGUCAACCGCUCUUUGCAACCGCAACCGCCUAAACGCUUGUCCGCCGCACCACACGUUUCCAAACGGGACUAAAGUUCACAGAACAGACAAGGAGAGGUUCCCAUACGAAGCGUACCACUAUUACUGCGUUCCGGGAAACGCGCGUUACGCGGAAACUCCGUACGAUGUUUGCGAUCCGUACAGUAAUCCACAACCGCAGGAGAUUCUGCAGAUCUUGCCUCAUCCUGUGUGGGAAGAGUUUGGGUAUCCGACAAAGAAAGGACAAGGUUGGAUUGGAGAUCCAAGAACCUGGGAACUUGAUGUUGGAAAACUCUCUCAGUCACUCCACUUUUACCAGGAUCCAGGGACGAAACCAGUGGAGAGACAUUGGUCGUCGAUAGAUUUAGGAACUGAAAUAUAUAUGAGCAAGAAUCAAAUUGCAGAAUGGACUGUAACUGAUUUCGAUAUUGUUAUUCCAAAGACCGGUAUUUAA